ACACCCAUACGACACAAACGGAUAGACCCCUCCCCUCUCCUUCUUUCUCUCUCACACUCACAUACAGAAUCACGUUCAAGAGCUUAUCGGCUACAGCUGAUGAGUUUGUUUCCGUUUUCUUGAAAAAUGGAGAGUCUCUCUCUCACCACCACAACCACUACCACCGAUGCUUCGAAAUUUAGAUUUCUGAUCCCUUGUUAUAAAAAUCCCAGAAUUUACAGAAAUCUUCCUUUUCAUCACAAACGACAUAGAAGAUUUGCACUUUGUGCUGCUAAAGAUGAAGAUAAAUUCGACAGUUGGGACCAAAUGGAGCUUAAGUUUGGGAAAAUGAUCGGUGAAGACCCCAAACUUACCCUUGCCAAGAUAAUCGCUAGAAAAUCACACCCAGAAUUAUCUUUCUUGGAUAUUGAGAAAUUAUACAAUAAGAAAGGUCUUAAAGCCUUUAAUGACAUAGAGGAGGUCCCAUUUGAUGUAUCUGAUAUUCGAAGAAAGCCAAACGAUUCACUUGAUGGGCCAAAGUUAACCCGACCCGGACCCAAGGAUCCACCCGAUGGGCUAAACUUGACCCGACCCGUAUCCGCACCCAAGAAUUCACUCGAUGGACUAAAUUUGACCCGACCCAUACCCAAGAAAGGAGUCAAAUUUGAAUCAAAUGAUAAGCCUGUAUCUGUAGUACCCAAAGUAAAGAAACCAAACCAAAUGCUGGAAAAUGCUAUGAGUAAUAAUAAUAAUCCUACAGAAAGUGUCCCAAAUGUUGAAUUAAGAAAACCAACUACUUUUAAAGAUGAUGAUUCGACAUCAAUGUUACAGAGACCAAAUUUCUCAUUUAAGAUGAGUAAAGAACAGGAGAAAGAAAGGUUGACUGAUUUGACAAUGGUGAGGAAACCUGAACCCUUUCUGCAAAAAGAAGAAACAGAAGCUAUGGAAGAUGAUACAGAGAGUUUAAGUGUAAUCCAAACGGAUGGUACACUCUCACAGAAGCCUGAAAUCACAGUGGAUCAACUUAGAAAUCAGAAUGAGGUAAAUGCUGAAGUUGUUGACAUCAAGAACAGUUCAACAAGUGUUGAUUCAAGUGUAAUCCAAACGGAUGUUACACUCUUACAGAAGCCUGAAAUCACAGUGGAUCAAAUUAAGGAUCAGAAUGAAUCGAAUUCUGAAAUUGAUGACAUCAAUAACAGUUUAGCAAAUGUCGAUUUAGCUUUUGAGAUGGAAAAUGUGCAGGAUAAGAUUGAUCAGGAGAGUGAUGAUGUAACAGCUACUUCGAGCAUGCAAAUGUCUCUGGAUACUGCAUUGAGAGGACCACCUAAAAGAUUAGAUCAAUCUGUAAAAGAUACAUCAAAGAUCGAGAGAGUAGUUACGGGUCCCACGAAUCCAAUACCAUAUGAUAACACUCUUGAGACUGAAAACUUGCCUACAACACCAUUCUUAAAGGAGCGUGAAGAUAAUGACUGGAAAAGAGCUGAAAAUUUGAUCAAGACAGAAGGAAGAGAAGAAGUGGAACUCAUAAACUCAAGCACUCGGGGUUUUGUUGCAUCGUUCGGAUCUCUUAUAGGGUUUUUGCCUUACCGAAAUCUUGCGACUAAGUGGAAGUAUUUAGCUUUUGAAUCAUGGUUGAGGAAGAAAGGAUUGGAUCCUGCAAUGUUCAGGAAAAAUCUGGGUGUUAUUGGAGGAUAUGAUGCGACAAACAACGCAUUACCAAUAUCAACCAUAGAUCCUAAAAAGAUGGAGGGUGAAAUAUCACCUGAUAUGAAACUUGAGGACCUUCUUGCAAUUUACGAUCAAGAAAAACUCAAAUACCUGUCUUCGUUUGUUGGUCAGAAAGUCAAAGUCAACGUGGUCUUGGCUGAUAGAGGAUCGAACAAGCUAAUAUUUUCUGCAAAACCAAAAGAGAAAGAUGAAUCGGUUGAAAGAAAGCGAAGUCUCAUGGCUAAGCUUAGCGUUGGAGGCAUUGUAAAGUGUUUCAUAAAAAAAAUUACUUACUAUGGGAUUUUCGUUGAGGUGGAUGGAGUACCUGCACUGAUUCACCAGACUGAAGUGUCUUGGGAUGAUACUUUGGACCCAAUUUCCUAUUUCAAAAUUGGGCAGGUCAUUGAAGCAAAGGUUCAUCAAUUAGAUUUUUCACUCGAACGUAUAUUCUUAUCAUUGAAGGACGUUACGCCAGAUCCAUUGAUCGAGGCUUUGGAGGCUGUUGUUGGUGAUCAAGCAAACUUGGAUGGACAGUUAGAAGCAGCCCAAUCCGACGAAGAGUGGCCCGAAGUUGAAUCGCUUGUAAAAGAACUGCAGCAAUACGAAGGCAUUGAGAAUGUGAAAAAAGGCCGUUUUUUCGUGGGCCCGGGUUUGGCCCCGACUUUUCAGGUUUAUAUGGCGUCUGUGCUUGAAAACGAGUAUAAAUUGCUUGCGAGAGCUGGAAACAAAGUACAAGAGGUGAUUGUUGAGACAUCGAUGGGAAAAGAAGAGAUGAAAUCUGCGAUUCUAAUAUGUGCGAGUAGAGUUGAAUGAUGGGUUUUUUUUGUAUAGUUUUGUCUUAUGUUGAAUUGAAGCCAUCGAAUGUGUUGAUAUCAUUUAUUAAGGUCAAGUGUAGUAUUUAUUCUUAUUGGUGUUUAUUAUGGCAUGUAUGAGCAUAAAAAAAACAUGCAUAAUAAGAUGAUAGAAAUUGAAAUGAUAUGCAAUGAAACCUAAAAAUGAAUGUAAAACAAAUAAUUAUUUAUAUUCAAAAAGAUCAAUGAUACACAUUUUUGAAUUAGAGUCUCUUAGGAAACAUAAGAUUAUGAAUCGAACCUCAACAAACCCCUAGUGCAUGUUUAUGGAAUCAUUAUAAUGGAUGAAUUGCCCUCCAAUGUAUUAUUAAUUUUCCAAGAUUUUAUCUUUUUAAAUUUAAUAGGUUCUUGAUUUGAUGAUGUCUAAACUCAUCUCACCAACGUCAGUUGCUUGGAGCUCGAAUUGGAUCCCAUCUAGCUCUCUUUUAAACCUGUCCUUAGAGCUUGCAUAUAUCAUCUUACUUCUCACCCUUGAUGAAUCUGGAGACC